AUGGCACCCAUACAGCCCCGUCUCAAGAUUCUAUCAGUUGGCGGGAAUCCCGUCUCUGCCUUCUUAUCGUGGAGGCUACAGGCCACCAACGCCUGCGACGUGACAUUGGUAUGGAAGUCGGGAUACGAACACGUUGCUCAGUACGGCAUUUCAUUCAAAUCACCGGUUUUUGGUAACGAACGGUUCAAACCUCGUCACGUUGUUCGGAAUCCGGAAGAUGCUGCUCAUUCUCGAGAAGGCGCAUUCGAUUACGUCGUUUUAUGCGUCAAGGCACUCCCUGAUGUCUACGAUCUUGCUGCCGUCAUUGCUCCCGUCGUUACGCCUCAGCAUACGUGCAUUCUUGUAAACACUACUCAUACGUUGGGCAUUGAAGCCGCGCUUGAGGAACGGUUCCCUACAAACGUCGUUUUGUCACUUGUUUCCGGCGCAGAGCUUACACAACUUGGCCAAAGCGAGUUUGAGCACAAAGGCUCAACAGAGAUAUGGGUCGGGCCUGCCAGUAGGAACAGCAACAUACCCCAGGUUAUCCAGGAGGACAUGGCUCAGGCAUUAGCCAUGACACUGAGCACCGGCCAAGUGGAUUGCAAAGUCUCUUCCAACAUUCGCCAACAGCAAUACGAAAGAGUCAUUGGUCCUAUCGCGUUCCAUCCCGCUUCCGUCCUCUUUGACACGCCAAAUCACGCUGCUUUGUUGGAGAAGGUCGGGGUGAAGGACAUGGUUUCGGACGUCAUUGAUGAACUGUUGCGCCUCGCUGAUGCCAACGGCUGCAAGCUCGCCCCCGACUUCAAGCAACGAACAAUGGAUGAGAUGACGAAAUCGAAUCUACCCGAAAGUAUAAUGUGGCAAGACUACACUGCCAGGCGUCCGAUGGAAAUUGAGACGUAUCUCGGCUCGCCCAUUAAAUUGGCUCGCGAAUCACAGAUACCCAUUCCACGAAUUGAGACUUUAUACGCCAUUCUUCACAAUCUCAAUAUUGUGAAUCGCUCCAGAUCCAAACCUGGCGACGGUCUCCCGCCAAACAUGCCCCCAGGCUCUCCAAUCUCAUCCCCACAGUCUCGAUCUGUCUCUCAAGUGGGUCAUCGUCCUAUGAUGGGCGGUAUGCCGAACGGAAAUGGAAUGCCACCUCGACAACCCCGACCUAGAAAUUCUUCCAACUUCGGGCCUCCAGGAAUGAGGCGGCCGCCCCAGAUGAAUGGAGGACCCCCAAAUGGUUAUCCUCGUCCUCCACCUUCGGUGAACGGCGGCUCAAGGGCUCCGUCCCGACGAGGCUCAAUAGAUGGCAACGAUUUGGAAGAGUUCUCGCAUCUAGUAUUGUAUGAUGACAUCCCGGAGGGCCAGGAACCAUCAUUUGAUGGCGAAGCCGAUCUUGCUUUACGCGAACGGGAGCUCCAGCUCCGUCAACGCGAGCUUGCUCUGCGGGAACAGGAAAUGAGAAUGAGACGUGGACCUCCUGGCCCCCGUCGAGGUCCUCAUCCCAUGCGCAACAGCCAACAAGUUUUCGACGACGACGACGACGAUGACGACUUCUUCGACCCUGCAGCGCCUACCGGAGCGCCAACCAUUGACCCUGAUAAUUUUGACAUGAUGAGUGUAACGUCAAGAAAAAACCGUAAAGCUUCAGGCCAGUCUGCGUCCCAAUUUCGCCGUAAUCCGGAAAGCGAUGGUGCUCCCACAUCCCGAGGCAGCCGAUUCCGCCCUAGCUUUGGUCGAAACCGCGCCAGCCAGGUUAACCACCUCCCGGCGAUGAACGACAACAUCCUGGACGACCCUAUGCUAUCCUUUACAUCGAACCGAUACGGCAACGUCGACAGAGGUGCAAUGGGUGGAAGCUCACGCGCGAACUCGCUGACAGCUUCAAGGCUGGAGGAUAUUCCGUACGGACCUGGGCCAGGCGGUCCGCCAGGGAUGAAUGGCGCAUUCCCACGUCGUGCAAGCCAAUCCCCUGGAAACCCUUACGGCCCACCACUGCGCGGUGGCCGCCCUUCGCCCCCCAACGGCUAUGCACCUUCGAUGAACGGCAGGCCCUCACCACCAGACGGGGUUCGACAACCUAUUCCUCGCUACCCGCCGGGGCACGGUACCUCUGUUGCCCCCCAGCAGGUGGAGCAGCAUAUAGGGGUGAGCGCCCUCCAUCCACCUAAGCCCAGAAAUGUUCGUAGUCUGACUGGUAGUGCGAGCGCCAGCGUGGGCAGUGGUGAACUCGACUCGGAACAAUCUGCACAUAGCAGUCAGAGCAGUUUCCAGAAUGCUGCGUCGAUUGGAGUGCGUUGA